AGCAUGAAUAUUGUUACAUUUGUAUCGAUAUAUACGUCUACUUUAUGCACAGUCUGGUCAUUGAACGAUACCGAAAGGAAUCGAAUUGACCAGACCCCAAAUCAUCUCACUGUGUCCGAAGGGCGAACAGCGAACCUGACGUGUACCGUUUCUGCUGAUGGCAUUCUCGACUUUAUAAUCAACUGGCUUCAUCGACCAAGCAAAGCUACCAAUCAGACCUACAUACUUUUCAUGAACCAGUCCAAGGUAAACCUUUCCAUCGGGAUGGAAAUUACAAGGGACCAAAACAUAUACAGAAGCAUGUUAUCGAUAAAUAAUCUUCAGCAAGGAGACAGCGGCACAUAUUACUGUGAACUGAUGAUCCUGGAUCCGCCUUCCACUGGGGGUGUCAUGGGCAGCGGAAGCCGAUUGAUGGUAACAGGAUCCGAUUCCCAGAAAGGCAAACUUUGGUGGCUUUAUCUACUGAUAUGCCUACUUCUAUUUGUUAUUUUUUUCUUAGCCAUAAGCUGUUGGAAAGCGAAACAAAAACAGUCAAUUGUGCCCAGUGAUUCAGCCCCUGGAACAGUCCUGGAGGAAAUUUCAGGACCAGAUAGAUCAACGUAUGCGACCUUGUCUUCUACAACAGUGACGGCAAACCGGCAGGCUGAAGAAUUAGAGGUCGUCUAUUCUGAUACUGUGAUAAAAAGGACCACCAAUGCAUCAACAGAGACGGCAGAAUAUUCAGCUGUGAAAAUCUGCAAAGCAAAUCCCAAGGCAAAGAGUGGAGAUGGAGACGAAAUGUGUGUAGUUUACUCCCAGGUGCUGCGUGAAGAGAAACACUAGGCUGAAUUUCCUACACCCUCCUUCCAGUAACUGCAACUCGCAGCCACUGCUUCCGACAAAACAUUCACCACCAAAGCAAAAUAGUAUGGACGCUGGGAAACUGCAAUGAAAUCAGAAAUCGCUGAAGGCACGCAACAGGUUAGGUAGACCGGGUUUAGAAACGGAGCCUCGUUGUUAGUGCUCUUGCCGUGCACCGUCAUUUCAUUUUGCGUUUUAAUCAGUUCGCCCUCAACAAAUCUCUGCGAACCUUUUGCUGUUUUUACCAUGUUUUGCUUUGUAAUUUCUUAAAGCUGAAUUUUGGUUCUGAUGAAAGUUCAUGAACCUUGAUGUCUUUGCUUUGUCUCUCACUCUGAAAAUACCGUGUUUCACGUGAUGAACAUAUCCAAAGUGUUCUGUUUUAUUAAUAAAGCCAUAAUAUGACUGACA